AUGGGGAAGGUGGUGGUGGUCACCGGGGCCAACAGCGGCAUCGGGCUGGCGCUGUGCCAGCGGCUGCUGGCCGAGGACGAGUCCAUCCACCUGUGCCUCGCCUGCCGGAACCUGCAGAAGGCGGAGGCCGCCCGGGCCUCCCUGCUGACCGCCCACCCCGACGCCCACCUGUCCACCGUCCGCCUCGACGUCAGCAGCCUGGACUCCGUGCUCGGGGCCGCCCGGGACCUCAAACUCAGGUUUCAGCGGUUGGACUUCCUGUAUCUGAACGCGGGGGUCAUGCCUAACCCCAAACUGAACACCAAAGCACUCCUCUCCAGCUUUUUCUCCAGAGACCUUUUCCACGUGGUGUCCACCGCGGACGGACUGCUGACCCAGGAGGACGGCAUCACGGCCGACGGCCUGCAGGAAGUGUUUGCCACCAAUGUCUUCGGCCACUUCGUCCUGAUCCGGGAGCUGGAGCCGCUGCUGUGCCGCCCCGAGUCCCCGUCCCGCCUGGUCUGGACGUCCUCGAACAACGCCCGGAGGUCCAACUUCAGCCUGGCCGACGUCCAGCACAGCCGGGGCCGGGAGCCGUACAGCUCGUCCAAGUACGUCACCGACCUGCUGAGCGUCGCCCUCAACCGCAACCUCAACGCCCAGGGCCUCUACUCGAGCGUGACGUGCCCGGGCAUCGUCCUGACCAACCUGACGUACGGCAUCCUGCCGCCGUUCAUCUGGACCGUCCUCAUGCCCAUCCUGUGGCUGCUGCGCUUCUUCGUGAACUCGUAUACGCUGACCCCCUUCAACGGGGCCGAGGCCUUGGUCUGGCUGUUUCAGCAGGCUCCGGAGUCCGUGAAUCCCCUCACCAAAUAUCACAGUUCCACCAGCGGGCUGGGACGCAACUACGUGACACCGCGGAAGAUGGACGUGGAAGGGGAGGCCGCGGAGGAGCUGUACCAGCAGCUGCUGGAUCUGGAGAGGUGCCUGAGGGCCCAGCGUCAUGACCGAGGCCCCGACUAGCCCGGACCGUCGCCUCCUUGCCCCCCGGGCUGAUGGAAGACCAGCUGGACGCCCCGGAGCCGC